AAAAGAGUCAAACAGAUGCACCGCACACAUUGAUUGCUCCAUCACUUCCUUUCCAUAUCCCUCAAUUAUAAAACCUGAGUUUUGUUCGGCUGAACCCCAGUGAGAGUUUUCCCUGGAUCAUAUCAUUCGUGGCUCGCAUGUUGAGCCAUUUUGGUGAGACUGUCUACAACACCAUCCUCAGCUUUCCUGAACAAUUGAAGUGUGUACCAUACCAUAUACACCAUAUCCCAGGUGUUAAAUGGGUUGACAGAAGGUCAGCCACACCUUCUUGAAAUGGUCCACCAUCUACAGCUUAGUCAACAUGAAUCGUUAUACAACACUCAAACAACUUGGGGAUGGAACGUAUGGCUCUGUCAUUCUUGGGAGAAGUGUGGAGUCAGGAGAGCUGGUGGCCAUUAAAAAAAUGAAAAGAAAAUUCUACUCCUGGGAUGAAUGCAUGAAUCUUCGUGAAGUAAAGUCACUGAAGAAACUGAAUCAUGCAAAUGUCAUAAAGCUAAAGGAAGUCAUAAGAGAAAAUAACCACCUCUAUUUUGUUUUUGAGUAUAUGAAGGAAAAUCUCUACCAGCUAAUGAAAGAUCGGAACAAAUUAUUUCCAGAAUCCACUAUCAGGAAUAUCAUGUUCCAGAUUCUUCAAGGGCUUGCAUAUAUUCACAAAUACGGGUUUUUCCACAGAGACUUAAAACCUGAAAACCUCCUUUGCAUGGGACCAGAACUUGUGAAAAUUGCAGAUUUUGGAUUAGCUCGAGAAACUAGAUCAAGGCCACCGUACACUGAUUAUGUGUCAACCAGAUGGUAUAGAGCUCCCGAGGUUCUCCUUAGAUCCACCAAUUAUAACUCACCUAUAGAUAUGUGGGCAGUUGGCUGUAUUAUGGCUGAAAUUUACACACUCAGGCCGCUUUUUCCAGGCUCCAGUGAAGUUGAUACCAUUUUCAAAAUCUGUCAAGUACUAGGAACUCCCAAGAAGAGUGACUGGGUUGACGGCUUCCAGCUUGCUUCUGUAAUGAAUUUUCGAUGGCCCCAGUGUGUACCCAGCAACCUAAAAACCUUGAUGCCAAAUGCUUCUGCAGAAGGGAUCCAGGUCAUGCGAGACAUGCUCCAGUGGGAUCCCAAGAAGAGGCCAAAUGCAAGCCAAGCCCUCCGGUACUCUUACUUUCAAGUAGGACAACCGCUAGGAACAUCGCCACGAAUACAUGAGUUGUCCAAACAGCAAAAAGAACUUCAUGAAAAACAAAUCUCUCUUCAUAUCAAACCUGUACCUCCUUCGCAGCCACCACCAAAGCAUCGACUGCCAUCACGAGCUUUCCAGCCAAGCCAGCCAUAUGCCAAUCCUUUUAAACUAAGCCCAUCCUGGACUGAGCCAUCCACUCGUUCUCAAGAGAAGGACAAAGUGGGUCAACCACAUCUGCCUGCAUUAAGUGCUCGAGCACCACAGAAAGAAGCUUCUGAUACAGAUUGUGCCAAUGGGGAGCUGAAUAUGAAGACCAGGAGGAGAUGGGGACAUGUCACUAAAACAAUGAAGGGAUCUGAUGAAUGGGAUGACUUUGAUGAUGAUGUCCAUUUUCCACAUUCUAGAACUGGGAUUAAACAGAAUGAGAAAAAAAGUGAGGAUACAAUCCACAGCCUUGAGAGUAUAAUGGAUUUAAAGAAUGCAGACAGUAAUACUGCUGGGUCAGUACACAACUCGUUCUCUCAGCAGGACUCUGCACCUUCCAGAAGAACCUCAGCAGCAAAACAGCAUUACUUGAAGCAUUCCCGCUAUUUGCCUGGACUCGCUAUCAAGAACAGUGCAGGAAAAUCCUCAAGCAAAGAGUCUACCAACUUUUCUAAUCCCUGGUCAAAUCCUCUCCAGCCGCUUAAGCCACUGGUCUUGGCAUCUGAGACCAAUAGCAGGCUUUCAGGUAACGACCCAGUUUCUAGUUAUCUGCCCGCCUUUUUGAAAAAAGAUAUGGGCAUUGGGCAGAAGGUGCAUUUAGCUCCACUUCCAGAUCCAGCUCCCAAUUUUGGAUCCCUGAACUCUGUUGGAUCGUUCAUAGGACCAUCUUCUUUCAGUUCACCUACCAAAGGCACACCAAGGCUGACAUCCAAACCAGCACCUCCUGUGCUACCGAUUCAUGGAAGAACAGACUGGCUGUCCAAAUAUGGAGGGCACAGAUAGUGAAACAGCACUUUUUUGCACAUUCAGUGCCAACCAUGCAUUUCAUUAAAGCCGUGAAGCAGGCUACAUUACUUUCUAUGGAGCUAGAGAAAGAUCAUUUGGCUAGUUUUAUAUCCAGAUGUCUUGAUCUUUAAACAAUUUGUAAAUAUAUGUUCAGACUCUAUUUUAUUAUGUGCAUAAAUAGCCAUAUCUUACAUUUCAUACAUUGUCUGAGCUGUUUCUACUAAAUUGGCAAACUGCCUUAGAAGUCUUAAUAAGAAGUAUUAUAUUCAAACUGAUUUUUUGCAGUAGAAAAAUACUUUGAUCAGGGUGAGCUUCUUUUUGUUUCUGCUCUACAUUGCUGGCCUAGAUCAGCACUGCAGAUCUUUCUGUAUACGUUAUAGACAACAUGUCACGCUGCUCUGCCCUUGUGGUUCUAUAUCAUUCCCCCCUCCGUUCUUUCAGCCACCACAACAACACUUUAUUUUAGCUUGCUCCUUACUAGAGCAAGUUAUACUAGUGCCUUAAAGUACUGAAAUAUAAUAUUACCACUUAAGUAAGACUGCUCUUGUGGAAUAUGACUUUCAUUUUUGUCUGAAAAAAUAAGGAUGAAUACCAUUUUCUUUUUUUGUACUAUUUACAUAUAUUUUUCUAAAGAAACUCAUAUAAUCCAUGCUUUGAUUUACUAGUUAGUUUGUAACAAGUGACUUACUUUAGGGAAAUAUAAUUUCUUAAGUGUAGAAAAGGCAACCAUAUUAUAUCCAUAUAAUAGAUAUAUCAUUGUUUGGUAUUACUAAACAGCUCCUAGAAAGAGACUGUAGCAGCCAGUUGCAGGUUCAUUUGUUUUGCUAUGUGACUUUUUGGCAGAGCUGUCUGCCUGACAAGACCUCCUCACUGUGUAAUGCUGGUUAUUGCAGUAGUGAUGGAGUUGUGCCAAUUGGUCCAGUAUAUGAUGCUUUUAUAUAGAGAAAAGUACCUUACUAAGAUAAGUAAUGCUUGUACAGAGUAUGAGUAUACAUACUAAUACAAAAUAUAGUUUGAUAACUGAAUAUUCUGGAAAUACUUUAUAUUUAAACCCAUAAUUGUGGACAGUAAUUCAGACUUUCUGCAGAUGAUUUGGCCUUUGUUUGUUAACAGAGGUGGAAAUUUGACCCUGUGCCCCUGGUGCAGUUGGCUAAAUGAGAAAGAAUGUCUGGGUGACUGACAUAUGUGCUGUUAUGUAAGUAUACGGUGCAUUUGUAUGUGGCCUGGCCCUUUAAGUGAGUCUAAUGAAAAUUCUUUAUUUUAUUGGUAGAAUUGUGACAAAGUUGGUUAAUCCAUAUGAAACGAGACCAGCAGCUCUUUUUGAACAAGUAUCCCUGCCUGUACUUAUUACAUUUAUUGUAUAGUAACCAUUUUGUACAUUUCAGGGAAAGCCAAAUAGUGUACCAAAAACAUUGUUUGUUUUUUUUAAAAUUUUCAUUCGUGUCUAAAGGCCCCCCAUACACGGGCCGAUAAAAGCUGCCAACAGACCCGAGUCGGCAGCUUAUUGGCCCAUGUGUGGGCCAUCCAAUGGGCUUCCCCAAUCGAUAUGUGGCCGGAAGUCGGCCUGAUCUCAAUCGGGCGGAUUAAAAAAUCUCGUUGGAUCACGGCCGCAUUUGUGCGUCUAUGCGGUCCUGCAAUCCGACCGCCCGUAUUGGAUUUAUUCUGAUCCGAUCAUUGGGCCCACGGUCAGAUCAGCCCAAUAUCGCCCACUUCAAUGCGAGCACAUUGGGGAGAGAUCCGCUCGUUUGCCAAUAUCGCCAAAACUAGCGGCUCUCUGUGUCUAUAGCCGCCUUAAGUGACCAAACCGCGCAACUGUCUAAGCACUAUACUCAUUGUUCCCAAGUAGUGCUGGUUACUGUUGAUAGCUUGCAAUAUUUGAGUAACAUAAUACCUCUCUGCACUGAUAGAAGGGUUCUGGUCUAAACCAACGGUGGGUCCCUGCAGCAUUCAUAAACCUCACCUCUUCCCAAACUGAUGGACAAAGUUGUAGUUUCACAUAUACAGCGGGUAUUCAUCCUUGGCCCAGGCCAAGUGUAUAGUUAUUGUGCUUCAUAUUCCUAAACUCAACAGUCUAAAAUGAGAAGUGCAAGAGAAUCUGCCCUUUUCGGGGCAAAUUUAUCAAAGAUUGAAGUCAGAGAUCACCACAGCCCUCUAGAGUGAAAUUCUGCCACUCUAAAAGAGUAUUUAUCAAUGGGUGAAAGUUCACACUUUCAUAAAUGUGCCUUUCAAAAUCCCAUAGAAAUGAAUGGAGAGUGACAGAAUUUCACUGUGGCAAUCUCUGACGUCACUCUUUAUUAAAUAUAACCCUUUAUCUCUUCAUUGCUCUUAUGCACAAUUUUCUUCGAGAGCUGUGAAGUAACCCAUUUCUUAUAGGGCUGUUCUUUUUGUGUGUUUUCAUUUAUUAUUAACCAGUAAGUCCAUAGGUAUUAGUGCAGAAUGGCAGGGCUAUGUAUUGGACAAAGCUUUAAAAACUUACUGUAAAUUGCUUUUAGCCUUAAUAAUUAUAAAAACACUAGUGUAUAAUAUCUAACAUUAACCUUUUAUUGGGCUAAAUUACUCCUUGGCAUUUUUGCUUUGAGAGUGUUAUGGGUUUUUUUAACUUUCAUUUUUACUAUAUUUGUACCCUUAUGCAGUUACUUCACCUUCAAAAUCUUUAACCUUUGCUGCUAAUGAAUUAGGAAUGGUAUUCUCUUUUGGAGCAUUAGCAAACCCUGCACCUUAAUUAACACUGCAGUCUGCAUCCUCAUAUUGGAGGAGGUCUUACCUUAUGGUAUCCAGCUAGACCAGUGAUUCCCAAUCAGUAGCUCCUCAGUAACAUGUUGCUCCCCUUGGAUGUUGCUCUCAGUGGUCUCAAAGCAGGUGCUUAUUUUUCAAUUACUGGCUUGGAGGCAAGUUUUGGUUGUAUAAAAACCAGGUGUACUGCCAAGCAGAGCCUCAUGUAGGCUGCCAGUCCAUAUAGGGGCUACCAAUAGCCAAUCACAUAUCUUACUUGGCAUCACCCAGGAAAAAUUUUCAUGCUUGGGUUGUUCCCCAGGUCUUUUUAUAUCUGAAUGUUGCUCACGGCUGAAAAAGGUUGGAGACCCCUGUGCUAGACAGACCUUUGUUUAACAUUAGCAAAAGAAUUAUACUUGUGUUGAACAUGUA